AUGGAAAAGUCGACCAAGGUAGGCGGCCAUGAGCCGCAUACACCAAACACAAGACCAUCCGUCAAGACUGCUUUCCUCCUGGCACCGCUCCUGGCCUUCCUGGCUUUGUACAACUUCGUCCCGGAUGUGCACGACAAAGUGCAGUCUUUCUUCGCCAUACCGAGUCUGUCGGAUCCGAGAAUCCAGGUGCAAUUGAAGCAAGGAACCUACCUUGGACAGGUCUUGCCGGAAGCGAAUCGUCCUGUUCCCAUUGAGGCUUUCUUGGGCAUUCCGUAUGCUCUGCCGCCGGUUGGAGAGCGUCGCUUUGCAAGGCCAGUCCCAGUACCGGAGAGUAAUGAGACGUUUCAGGCGACAGAGUAUUCGUUGAGGUGAGUGUUGAGCUUUCGGCUUGGAUGUGAAGAAAGCGAGUCUGACGAGCGGAGAGAUGCCCGGGCAAGCAGCUCCUAAGGGCCCCUGGAGCUCCAUGGUUGGAGGCCAGCGAGGAUUGCCUGACGCUGAAUGUAUUCCGUUGGCGAAAUGGCUUCUCUUUCCAGAAGAAGUUGCCCGUGCUGGUCUAUAUCCACGGGGGUGCUUUCAACCGGGGCUUCGCAGCGAUGCACGACACCGCCUCCAUGCUCGCGUGGUCCGAGGAGCCUUUCAUCGCACUGUCUUUCAAUUACCGCAUUGGAGCCCUGGGAUUCCUCAACAGCGAGCUCACGGCCAAGGAAGGAUUGUUGAACGUCGGACUUCACGAUCAGAAACUGGUGCUGGAAUGGGUUCAAGAGAACAUUGGAGCUUUUGGCGGCGAUCCCAACGAUGUGACAAUUGCCGGCCUGAGUGCUGGUGCUCACUCCAUUGGACACCAUAUCAUGGACGUCAACGAGAAGAGAACUCUAUUCCACAAGGCCAUUAUUGAGUCAGGAGGCGCCACGUCCCGUGCUGUGCAUCCGGCCGACUCGAAGCUGCACAAGGCACAGUUCGACAGAUUCGUUGCCGAAGUUGGCUGCGGCAAGGCGCCAGAAUCCGAAAUCCUCGCCUGCCUCCGUGAGGCAUCCUCGGAAGCCGUGACGACGGCACAGACCGCCGUGUUCGAUGAAUACAACCCUUCCGUUCGUUGGGCCUGGCAGCCUGUGCUCGACGACGACAUCAUCUCGCGAAGACCGCUGGACGCAUGGAAGUCUGGAAAAUGGCACAAGGUCCCCGUCCUGACCGGCUUCAACCACAACGAAGGAACCAUGUACGUGCCGAAGAAAUUGCAGAAGAGCGACGAGUUCACCGGCUUCUUCGCCACACUGCUUCCACAACUCACAAAGUCGGACGUCAAGAAGCUUGAUGCGCUCUAUCCCAAUCCGGCCAAAGACGACUCCUCUCCGUAUGUAGACACACGAGACUUGGGCAGUCUCGGCAUCGGCGAGCAGUUCAAGCGAGUCGAGGCCGCGUACGGCCACUACGCCUACGUCUGCCCCGUGAGACAGACAGCCGAAUACGGCACUCAAGACGGCGAGCAGCCCGUCUUCCUGUACCACUGGGCCGUCAACAAGACCCUCCUCGGCGGCGCCAACCACGGCGAUCAGAUCCACUACGAGGCCAUGUCGCCUCUGGCCCGCGCCGUCUCCCCCACACAUGACCAGAUCGCGCGCUGGUUUAACUCGUACCUGACCAGUUUCAUCGUCACCGGGAAUCCGAAUACCCUGCGAGGGCGUGCGGGUUUCGACAGGCCCGCGUGGUCUCCGUAUGCUGUCGACAAGCAGACGAUGAUUUUCGGUGCUGGCAACGACGAAGCUGCCGGCGGUGACCAUGCGGGCAUUGCCGCGGGAUAUCUUCCGGAUGCAUGGGCGCGGGAGGAGUGCGAUUUCUGGUGGCAAAAGUCUGAAGUCCCCGAGGACUAA